AUGAUCACGACAUUUCUCGCAGGGUUGAGCCUGUCGGCAUUGGCAAUCUCCCAGCCGACGGAGAACCACGGGAAGAACCUCUGCGUCGUCACACCGGGACCCAAUGGAACUGAUUCGGCACCCGCAAUUGUCGAGGCGUUCCGUCGCUGCGGAUACAACGAGGGCCCAGAGCACAGCAAAGUUCUGUUUUCCAAUGGCACCUACAACAUCAAGAGCGUCAUGAACACGACCGGUCUCAAGAACGUGGAUGUUGACCUGCAAGGCACUCUCCUCUGGGACACAAACAUUCCGUACUGGCUAAACCACUCGCUGCCCGUGGGAUACCAGAACCAGACCAGCGUGUGGCUGUUUGGUGGAGAAAACUUGAGGUGGGAUGGCCAUGGCUACGGCACUCUGGAUGGAAACGGCCAGACUUGGUAUGACUUUGUCAACGGGACGAACAACUACCCGGGCCGGCCGCAUGCGAUUACUAUUGCUGGAACGCGGGACAGCGUAUUCGAGGGAAUCCGCUUCGUGCAAAGCCAAAUGUGGACCAUGACAAUUAUCCACUCUGAGAACAUUCUUCUCGAGAACAUUUACGUCAACAGCACCGAUGUCAAUCAGGCUGUUGGAUUCGACUUCUCUUCGCUAAACACGGAUGGCGCAGACACGGUGUAUUCUAACAACAUCACGUUCCGCAACUGGAUUGUCGACUGCGGCGAUGACUCCAUUGCCAUGAAGGCAAACAGCACGAACAUCCUGAUCGAGAACUGCGAGUUCCACACCGGUCUCGGUGUCGCCUUCGGAAGCAUCGGUCAAUACGGGAACGCCUUCGAAACCAUCGAGAACGUGACCGCGCGCAACAUCUCAGUCCACAACAUGCGAUACGGCGCGUACGUGAAAACCUGGACCGGCAUCUCGACAGGCUACCCACCGAACGGCGGGGGCGGCGGCCUAGGCUACGCAGCCAACAUCACGCUCGCAGACUUCACGCUUCACAACGCAACAGGCAUUUUCGCGGUCACGCAAUGCACGAGCUACAACGACGCCAGCGGCAACUGCGACACCAGCGAGUUCAAUAUCCGCGACUUUAGGCUGCGCAACUGGGCGGGCACGGCCGUCAGCGACGUCGUCGCUAGCAUUCAGUGCAGUGCCGCGAGCCCGUGUACGGGUCUCGAGAUCGAAGACGUCAGUAUUGUGGACACGGUCAAUGGCACUAGCCCUGCGAACUACCUUUGCGAGAGCGUCGUCGAUCCUAAGGGGUUUAACUGCACGGGUCCGCCUUGGGAGGAGAACAACCGUUGA